AUGUCCUAUAUUGCUUACCAUGUUACCUUUUUAGCAAAAAAAUUAAGUGGACGUCCCGGAUCACCUGUCUUUAUUUCUAUGGGUUUUAGAAAUUGGAAGAAAGUUAGGAAUGGAAAACAUCGUUCCUUUCUUAAACACAUAAGGAAAGAUCCUUGCUCACCAUAUAACAAUGCAAUGAAGGCUUGUCAAGACUUGUUGAAUCAAGAUGGUCAUAUUAGAAAUGUUAUUCAAGUGCAAAGUUCAAGUCAAAGUAUGAAUAAUCGGUUACAACUCAAGACUUCAAUUGACAUUGUUCGUUGGUUAACACUACAAGCUUGUGCUUUUAGGGGUCACGAUGAAACUAGCAAAUCAAGAAAUCAAGGUAACUUUCUUGAGUUAUUGAAACUUUUAGCAUCCUACAAUGAUGAAAUUGCAAAAGUUGUGUUGGAAAAUGCUCCACAAAAUUGCAAGUAUACUUCACAUCAAACUCAAAAAGAGCUCUUGCAAAUUCUUUCUAGUAGGGUGAAAAAGAGUAUUCGUGAGGAAAUUGGUGAUUCCAAAUUUUGUAUUGUUGUUGAUGAAGCUCGUGAUGAGUCAAAAAAGGAACAAAUGGCUCUUGUAUUAAGAUUUGUUGAUAAAGUUGGUUUAAUACAAGAGAGAUUUUUUGAUGUGGCGCAUGUUAAAGACACAACAUCUUUAACUCUUAAGGAAUCAAUAUGUGAUAUACUUUCUCGACAUAACCUUAAUGUUUCUAACAUUCGUGGCCAAGGGUAUGAUGGUUCUAGCAAUAUGAGAGGAGAAUGGAAUGGUUUACAAGUCCUCUUUAUGAAGGAUUGUCCUUAUGCAUACUAUGUUCAUUGUUUGCAACUUGCAUUAGUUACAUCAUCAAGAGAAGUCAAACCUGUUCAUAAAUUUUUUGAGAAACUGGUCUUUAUUGUGAAUGUUGUUUGUUCUUCUACAAAGCAUCAUGAUGAGUUACAAGCUGCCCGGUUAGAAGAAAUUGCUUAUUUAUUAGAGAUUGAUGAGAUUGUAACUGGUAAAGGUGCAAAUUAA